CGACACUUUUGAGCUGCUAGCUUUACGCUAACCUGCUAAAAGUAACAGCGACAGGUCUGUGUGUUGCAAUACGUCACAUGAGAGCCUGCACGUUCAGACCUCUGGAGGGACACCGUUUGGAUGUUUACAGUUAGCUGAAGCCGAGCGUGCUAAUUUAUCGCUACGCUAGAUGACGCCAGGUAUGGCUGUGUUUGAGAAGUGCGCUGUUCUGUUAGAACUGAAAGAUUUGCUCUUCAAGGAGAAGAAGAAGUUGAAGUCAGCAGUAACAGAGAAUGGAGGCAACAUUUGCUUUGUUGUCAAUAAACAGUGCUCUCUGAUAGUCACCAGUGAUGUGUCCAACCUGAGCACCAACAGGCUGCGUAGCAUCCGAAAAUACCAGACGCCCGUGGUCGGGGUGGAUUAUGUGUACAGCUGUCUGGAGAGAGGAGUUCUUCUGCCUGUGGAUGAGUACAAGCUGGAUAUUUCCCCUCCCUCGGCUUUUCCACCCCCUUUUCCCGCCUCCACAUUGAAGCAAAGUACAGUCUCACACCAAGUGUCUAAAGUACCACUGAGCAAAGCAUUUGCUGAGCCACCCAAAGUCCCAGCCAAGCCUGUGACUCGGAAAGCUGAGACUCUGGAGGGGAGCAGAAACGUCUUGGAAAAGUACAGAGUUUAUACUGAAACUGAUUCUGACCUUCCACCAUAUCCGGAUAAUUUUCAAGUGGCCAAGUAUUCAGUCUUUGAAAAGGUAAACAGCAACACUUGGUGUGUGCUGGAGCUGCAGAGUUUCAAAGGGGAGAAAGGAUGGCAGUACCGUGUGGUCAGGUACUGGAAGGAAGAUGUAGGAGCCAAGAAGGUGGCGGUGAGAGACAUGCUGGUGUUUGUGUGCACCUCAGAGGAAGCUCUGGAGGUGUACAAGGCCCUGAGAGAGACCCUUCCUGCUGCUGGUCUGCAGCUGAGGAGCAGCAUCCCUCCUCACGCCCAGAACCUGGGCUCUGCCCCCCUCCAGCAGCUGCUGCUGGAGGAGAAGCUGAACACAGGAACCUUAUCACACAAAGUGGGUGUGUUUGUGGAGCUGCUGUGGACUGAGGCCCUCGGCUGCCUUAGCAGCAUCCUCACAGUAUCGGUCGACAAGCUCAGCCUUAAUGAUGUGAGCAGGGUGGAGGGCUUGUUGCUUCAGGCUCAGAGGAAGCUGAGGGAGUCAAAUCGAACUGAGGUGGUGUCUCUGCUGGAUGAGGUUCACACCCUGCUCCCUCUCAGAGCUCGUAUACCUCCUGAAGCCAAGUUCAUCUCUCAGAACCUGGACCUCUGUCAGUUAAUCCGAGAUGUUCUGAACGUGAGUGAGAUGACUCUGAGAAGCCCCGUGCCUUCCAGUCUGGGGAAGUACCGCGCUCUGAGGUGCAGCAUUGAGACUGUUCCACCCAGCAGCUCUGAGUUUCAGGAUGUGACUGCUCUGCUGCAGGACAGCAACAUUCAGAUCCAACAGGUUCUGCGUGUGUGCAGAGGUGUGGAGCUUCAGACAUUUAAGAGUCAGCUUGGAAACAUUAAGCUCCUCCUCCAUUCCUCCAGGCCCAGCAACUUUGUAGGACUCCUCUCUCGCGGUCUGCUGCUGCCCCGUGUUGGAGUGGAGCAUCAUGGGAUAGAGAGAACAGAUGCUGGUAAUCUGGGCAGUGGAAUCUACUUCAGUGACUCUGUCAACACCAGUUUGAAAUACUCCAGGCCCAGCGUGGCAGACGGCUCCCGGCUGCUGUUGGUGUGUGAUGUGGCACUGGGACAGUGCAGGGACGUCCACGAGAGAGACAUGACUCUGACCCAGGCUCCCGAGGGACACCACAGUGUGCACGGGGUCCGCCGCACCCCUAAAACUCCCUCUGAGUUUGAGGAUGACGAGUAUGUGGUAUACAGUCCUGAUCAGGUGAAACUGAAAUAUGUGAUUCAGUUCAGCGUCGAGGGAGACCAGCUGAAGGAGUUCAGUCCUGCCAUUGUGACCUCAGCUGAGCCGGGUCUGCCCUCUUCUGGCCAAGAGCUUCCUUUGGAGGUCAGCGGUGUUGAAAGCAUUAAGAACCCACUGGAGGAUGUGACAGCCGGACUGUUGGACAGCUCUGGUCAGCAGCUCCCUCUACAGGCUGUCCAUGUAAAAUGCAAACUGAUGGAUCUCCUCUCUCAGGUCAUCAUUUUCCAAAAAUACACCAACCUGAGCUCUGUGCCCAUUGAGGCAAAGUAUGUCUUCCCGUUGGCUGAUUCUGCAGCAGUGUGUGGGUUCGAAGCUUUCAUCAAUGGAAAGCAUGUGGUGGGACAGGUGAAGGAGAAAGAGAAGGCUCGCAAGGAGUACAAGCAGGCUAUUGAGAAAGGCCACGGAGCCUACCUCAUGGAUCAGGACGCUCCUGAUGUGUUCACCAUCAGUGUGGGCAAUCUUCCUCCUGGUGCAACUGUUCUCAUUAAAGUUACCUUUGUGUCUGAGCUGGUUGUCAGCGAUGGGAACAUCCUCUUCUCCCUGCCUGGGAGUGUGGCUCCAUGGCAGGAGAGUGCAGCACUCAACCAGACCACACAAGUCUCUGUGGAGAAGGUGUGUGUGACUGAUACGGCAGCAAGCUUGAGGGAGUUCACCCUGGACAUGUCAGUUGAGAUGCCCUAUGAAAUCAGCAGCCUGAAGUGUAUCACUCACAAAGUCAAGAUUAAGAGAACACAGUGUAAGGCAGUGGUGAGCGUGCUGCCAGGAGAGGUCAUGGGUCCAGAAGGUUUCCAGCUGUCAGUCACUCUGUCUGAAGUCCACCUUCCCAGGAUGUGGGUGGAGGAUCACCCUGACAAGGACAGCCAGGCCUGCAUGUUGGUUUUCUAUCCAAAAUUUGACGUCAACUCCACUUCGGCACCCGAUGAAAUUGUCUUGUUGCUGGACACAUCUGAGUCCAUGAAGGGAGAGUCUCUGCGCAUGGCACAGAGAAUCGCCCUGCAGGUCCUCAAAACCCUCGACCGCAACCAUAGACUCAAUGUUGUUCUGUUUGGCACAGAUCACACCGAAGCUUUCCUGACAGCACAGCCUCUUGUUGAAGCUUAUCAGGCGGCUGAAAGCUUCAUAAAGCGCCUCUCUCCAGUAGGGGGCAGCACUGAGCUGUGGCGGCCCCUGCGAGCUCUCAGCCUGCUGCCUCCAACCCACGGCGUCAGGAACCUGCUGCUGCUUUCAGACGGCCACAUCCAGAACGCAGAGCUCACCUUGCAGCUGCUCAGAGACAACGCUCAGCACAGCCGCCUCUUCACCUCCGGCCUCAGCCCAACAGCUAAUCGCCACAUGCUGAGAGCCCUGGCCCAGGCGGGGGGUGGAGCCUUCGAAUUCUUUGACACAAAAUCCAAACACAACUGGGCAGAGAAGGUAGCAUGUCAAGUGAAGCGUAUGGUGUCACCAGGCUGCAGUUCAGUGUCAGUAAAGUGGCAGCAGUUCAACCCCACAGCGCCCCCUCCUGUGCAAGCCCCCAAGCAGCUACAUGCUCUGUUCAAUGACUGUCACACCCUGGUAUACGGCUUUGUGCCUCACUGUACUCAGGCCACUCUCCUUGGAAACCUGGGUGGUCAGGAGCUCAAAACGAUGGUAUCAACCAGUGUGCUGCAGAAGACCAGAGGCACAUUUCUUCACAAGCUUACAGCAAGGGCCCUCAUCAGGGAUUAUGAAGACGGAAGCCUGGACAUCAACGAAGCUGAACAUGAGGGGAAGAAAGCGGAGCUGAAGCACUUUAUUAUUGACUUAAGCAAAGAGUUCUCCAUCCUAUCUCAGUUCACCAGCUUUGUGGCCAUUGAGGAAAGGGAUUCAGAACAAACAGAGGGUUUCACAGACAUCCCCAAGUUGAUUGCAGAGGAAGAUGUGGACUUCCUCCCCUAUGUCAGCUGGAUCACUCCUCUGGACAGCGGAGAGGAAGAACGAUAUACCGGUAGCUAUGACAGUAUGAUGGAGGACGACAUGGAGGAGGAGUGGUGUGGUAAUGGUUUACCGGACAUACAUGAAUGUCUGGGUGAAAUCAGUGUUGCUAGAGGGGAGGCCUUAAUGUCUCUAUCUUCAUUCAUGAGUCCCACUUAUUCACUUGAUGAAACGGUGGAAUGUUCGGCAGGAUGGACAUCUAGCUUGGAUUACAGUGCCCUUAGGGAAGUUUCCUGUUCUCUUCCUCCUCCUCCUUCAGGCAGCGGUCUGUUCAGACAGAGCUUAAUUUCAGCCUCUGCAGCACCUCCUUCUCCUCCAGGUGGCAGACUACUCGAACGGAGCUCAGGUUUAGCCUCUCCAGCCCCUCCUCCUCCUCCAGGCAGGCGUCCACUCAUGCGGGGCUUUGGUUUAGUCUCUCCAGCCCCUCCCCCUCCUCCUCCAGGCAGCAGUCUGGUCAGACAGAGCUCAGAUUUAGCCUCUCCAGCACCUCCUCCUCCUCCUCCAGGCAGACGUCUACGCAUAAGGGGCUUUGGUUUUACUUCUCCAGCACCUCCUCCUCCUCCAGGAAGCCGUCUACUCAGACAGAGAUUAGGUUUAGCCUCUCCAGCACCUCCUCCUCCUCCUCCAGGCAGCAGUCUGUUCGGACAGGGCUUUGGUUUAGCCUCUCCAGCACCUCCUCCUCCUCCUCUAGGCAGCAGUUUGUUCGGACAAGGCUUUGGUUUAGCCUCUCCAGCACCUCUUUCUCCUCCUCUAGGCAGCAGUCUGUUCGGACAGAGCUUAGGUUUAGCCUCUCCAGCACCUCCUCCUCCUCCAGGCAGCAGUCUGUUCGGACAGAGCGUAGGUUUAGCCUCUCCAGCACCUCCUCCUCCUCCUACAGGCAGCAGUUUGUUCGGACAGAGCUUAGGUUUAGCCUCUACAGCACCUCCUCCUCCUCCUCUAGGCAGCAGUUUGUUCGGACAGAGCGUAGGUUUAGCCUCUCCAGCACCUCCUCCUCCUCCUACAGGCAGCAGUUUGUUCGGACAGAGCUUAGGUUUAGCCUCUCCAGCACCUCCUCCUCCUCCUACAGGCAGCAGUCUGUUCGGACAGAGCUUAGGUUUAGCCUCUCCAGCACCUCCUCCUCCUCCUCCUCCUCCAGGCAGCAGUCUGUUCGGACAUGACCAAGUUUUGACCUCUUCAGUCCCUCCUCCUCCACCUCAUCCUUUCUCUAAUGCUAUGACAUAUGGUUCCACACUUUCUUCUACCUUAGAAGCUCCAACACCAACAUUAGAGCCUAUCGUUUGUGGCAGCCGAGCCAUCUUUCAGCCUCACAGAAUUCACAGAGCGGUCAUAGAUGAGAAACUAAUCACUGAUAAACCUGCUUUAGAGAUGCCUCAGUUGUCUGAUCAUCCUCGUGAAAUGGGAGGGACUCCUUUUCUCCCAACAGCAAAGGGCAGAAGACAAAAAAAAGCAUCUCAGGCCUCUGUGACCACCGCUCAUGAAAGUGGAACCUGCUCUUUUGAAGCCAUCCCAGCAGUUCAGCAACUGCGACAGAGGAAUAUUGGUUUCAGUAGCUAUGAAGUCAGUGCAGAAUAUCCUACAACAUUGGAAUCACCUUCUCAAAUGGAACCUGGCACUCCAACUGAUUUUGGUUUUUUGGGAAAGCAGAGGCUGCAAGAAGGAAGUGAUCUUCUUCUAAAGAAGGCGAUCCCACCAACUAGACUACGUCUUGGAUCCGGGAUGUUUUCUAUGUCUUCAUCACUAUCAGUUCAUAAAUCCUUCAAGUCAGCAGGUCCUGAAGCACUGAAGCUCAGAUGGUUGAAGGUUUUCCAGAUGCAGCAUUCAGAGGGCUACUGGGAGUUAACCACAGAACUGGGACAUCUCAUAAAUGUCAAUGUAGACCUCUUUGCCAAUGUGUUCCUGAAAAGCAAGGGGAUCUGUUCUCUGGGUGUGAGGGCCCAUGCAGACAUACUGAGGUUGGUGGCGACUCUCUUGGUUCUGCAGCUGCUGAGGGUGGAGGAGAUGGAAGAAGGCAAACUGCUCCGCACCCUGUUCUGCCUGGAUGACUCCUCUCAGCACAGGCCUGAGAGGUGGGAGGAGGUGAAGAAAGCGGUGAGCUGGGUUUGCUGGGCUGACCAGCAUUACCCAUGCGUCUACAGCCGCCUGGAGUUCGGUUUGAGCUGGGAGUCGGCCACCCGUCAGCUGCUGGGCUAUGAGGGCCUCCCUCCUUUCUCACCUCUCAAGGGUCUGAGCCUGCAAAGAACUGCUGCCCCUUUACUGGUUCACUGAGCAGGCCAACAUGACUGAGGGAAGAGGAAGACAACAUGAAAGCUUUUUUUGAGGGAAUCGGAUUAUCUUUGUUUGUUUUUUUUCUAAAUAAACAAAAAAAGAAAAAACAUAGAUAUGCGCGCGUCUUUGCUUUAUGUAAGUACUUAUGUAAGUACUUUGUUAUUUAGAAUGAAACACGCUGUAGUGAAAAGCUUCUAAGUCUUCGCUCCAUACAUUCUGUCAUUGUGUUACUUUUUGAUGGAAUUGUAGUCAAAACAAAUUAUUCCCCUUUUUGUGGUGUCCAUUUUGGAGCCUGAACCCCACAUUGAGAACCAGUGAUUUAAAGGACAUACAUCAUGUGAUAACUAGCAUCAGGAAUGGCAGGUGUUUUAUCACAUUUUUUUAUUUUUUUUGUGUGUUGUCCCUUUAUUACAAAGAACUUGAACAAAUUGGGGUUUCUUUUAGAUUAAAAGGCUGCUUUAUUGCUUCUCAUUUUAUUUUCCCAGAUACUGUUUUAAUUUUUUGAAGUGAUAAUUACUUGGGAUCAUUAUACUGAACUGAAUUUGAUCCAUUACUUUACUUUGGUGAUCAGAGGUUUCUUGAGGAAAUUACAAUAUGUGUUAAUUACACAUAACAGAUUUGGUUUAUUGGGUAAUUAGUGUCAUUUGUUGUUCUUUGUUACAGUGUUGUAGUUGAUAUUGUUUUUCUGUGUGUGUACUGCAAAAGAAAAAACAAACAAGCACAAUCAAUAAUGUCAGCAAGUCCCCUGAAACAUGAUUUGUUUCCUUUGUUCUUUUCUUAUGAUUAUGUUAAUAAAACAUACACCUUGUGGA